GCGCCGGCGACGGGCGUGGGGGAGGUGCGGGAGGAGGAAGCGGCGGUGGCGGCGGCGGCGACGCGGAGAGUGUCCGCGUCCACACGGCAGCCGAUCGCCCGACUCGGGGCCUGCACUCGCAGCGCGCGUCUCCACGCCCUCGGCGACUCCCGCAACCUGUCGCGCCCCGCCGACGCGGCCGCAACCCCUCAGUGUCCCGGUCGCCUGAGUCACCGCCAUGGCCGAGAGCGCGGAGAGCGGCGGCCCCCCGGGCGCGCAGGACAGCGCGGCCGACGGCGGCCCCGCAGAGCCCAAGAUCAUGAAGGUCACGGUGAAGACGCCGAAAGAGAAGGAGGAGUUCGCUGUGCCCGAGAACAGCUCGGUCCAGCAGUUCAAAGAAGAAAUCUCUAAACGUUUCAAAUCUCACACUGACCAACUUGUGUUGAUAUUUGCUGGAAAAAUUUUAAAAGAUCAAGAUACUUUGAGCCAGCAUGGAAUUCACGAUGGACUUACUGUUCACCUUGUCAUCAAAACACAGAACAGGCCACAAGAUCCUUCAGCUCAGCAAACAAACACCACUGGAAGCAAUGCUACCAACUCAUCAUCUCCUAACAAUAACCCCACAUCUGGUCCUGCUGCUAACAACCCUUUUGGCUUAGGUGGACUUGGAGGACUUGCAGGUCUGAGUAGCUUGGGUUUAAAUACCACCAACUUCUCUGAACUACAGAGCCAAAUGCAACGCCAGCUUUUGUCCAACCCUGAAAUGAUGGUCCAGAUCAUGGAAAAUCCCUUCGUCCAGAGCAUGCUCUCAAACCCUGACCUGAUGAGGCAGUUGAUUAUGGCCAAUCCACAGAUGCAGCAGUUGAUACAGAGAAAUCCAGAGAUUAGUCAUAUGCUUAAUAAUCCGGAUAUAAUGAGACAAACGUUGGAACUUGCCAGAAAUCCAGCAAUGAUGCAGGAAAUGAUGAGAAACCAGGACCGAGCCUUGAGCAACCUAGAAAGUAUUCCUGGGGGCUACAAUGCUUUACGACGCAUGUAUACAGAUAUUCAGGAGCCUAUGCUUAAUGCCGCGCAAGAGCAGUUUGGUGGUAAUCCAUUUGCUUCCUUAGUGAGCAGUAAUUCCUCAGGUGAAGGGAGUCAGCCUUCUCGAACCGAAAAUAGGGAUCCUCUACCCAAUCCAUGGGCUCCACAGACUUCCCAGAGUUCACCAGCCUCUGGUAGCACCACUAGUGCUGUGAGCAGCUCUGGUGGGGGUGCCACCAGUACUCCUACUGGGCAGAGCACCACAGGGCCAGGCUUGGUGCCUGGAGCAGGAGCUAGUAUGUUCAACACACCAGGAAUGCAAAGCUUGUUGCAGCAAAUAACUGAAAACCCACAGCUUAUGCAGAACAUGCUGUCUGCCCCAUACAUGAGAAGCAUGAUGCAGUCACUAAGCCAGAACCCUGACCUUGCUGCACAGAUGAUGCUGAAUAAUCCCCUAUUUGCUGGAAAUCCUCAGCUUCAAGAACAAAUGAGACAACAGCUCCCAACUUUCCUCCAACAAAUGCAGAACCCUGACACACUGUCAGCGAUGUCAAACCCUAGAGCCAUGCAGGCAUUGUUGCAGAUCCAGCAGGGCUUGCAGACAUUGGCAACAGAAGCCCCCGGCCUCAUCCCAGGGUUUGCUCCUAGCUUGGGGGCAGCAGGCAAUUCUGGAGGCUCGUCAGGAAACAACGCACCUAGCUCUGCACCUAAUGAAAACACGAGCCCCACAGGGGGCACCACCGAGCCAGGCCACCAGCAAUUUAUCCAGCAAAUGCUGCAAGCUCUUGCUGGGGUGAAUCCUCAGCUGCAGAGUCCAGAAGUCAGAUUCCAGCAGCAACUGGAGCAGCUCAGUGCCAUGGGAUUUUUGAACCGUGAAGCAAACUUGCAAGCACUGAUAGCAACAGGGGGCGAUAUCAAUGCAGCCAUUGAAAGGUUACUGGGCUCCCAGCCAUCAUAGCAGCAUUUCUGUAUCCUGAAAAAAAUGUAAUUUAUUUUUGAUAACGGCUCUUAAAUCUUUAAAAUAACCUGCUUUAUUUCAUUGGAAUUCUGUGCUGUUGUAAAGGAAACCAAUAGGACACAUCUGAGGUGGAGUGCGGUAGGGUGUGCGGGCGUCUGUUUCUUUGGAACAGUGGGAAUCAAUGUUUUCAGUUAAGGCUGCUGCAUGCAUCAAACACUUGGCAUUCAUUGUAAUUUUUUAAAAUAUCACCUUUUCUAAUUGGGUGAACAAAUUUUUGUCCUGCAUCUGUCCAACUAACUUGCUUUUUAAACAUAACCCCAUGGUAGUAAUUUAUGUAGAAUAAAGGCAUUACAAAGCAGAUCAUUGCGCUCCAUGGUUUGUGGUACAGUAUUGCUAAUUGUGACUUUGGCAUGUACUUUUGCUAACAACGCUGUAAGGUUUCUACUACUGACAGUCUGCUUAUGUGUGUGCAGUACAAACUAGUGCACAUUUUUAGGUCGUCUAAGCAAAAUCCCUGUAACCAGAAACGUAAAAUAAGGGUUCUCAAUUGUGUAGACUCUUACAGCAUCUUUGAUAAACAUCUCUCAGCAGAAGUGCCAUUUAGUCAGCUGUGUGGACAAUAAAGAAAACUGAUUCUGGUUAUCACUAUAGGGACAUUUAAUUGUACAGACAAUAUAAUGUAACAAUAUUUCAACAUUUACAUAAUGGCUGUAAAUUACCUUUAUUUUGUGCAGACUGAAGGAGCACUGUAACAUACUCCAGUGCAUUUGCCGGGGCUUCUGCUCCCCGUGCGUGUCUAAGCAGCAUUGUGUUUGAUUGAAAUGCUGCUUUCACUGAAAGUGCUGGUGUUUCCGUUUUAGUUGCCAUAUAGAAGUAGAGCUAUCUUUUGGGUUUAUCAGCUUUCUCAUUCAUAGGCAGUACCUGGAUUUAAAAUGAUUAGUGAGCCACUUGUUUCUGAAGUGUUUGCCUAGUUCUAUUAUGAAAUAGUUGAAUGUCGUGCUGUUCAGGGCCUCAGAGAAGGGGGUGGGGGAGGGGUGAGACAGAAUCUAUUCUGGAUUGGGCCAGUCUGAACUAAGUAAUACUGGCAACCAAGAUUCUGUGAAGAUUCUAUGCAUAUAGUAGUGUCAGUCUGGUGGAAAACAAAGAGCCGUUUUAACAAUUUUGAGUAAGUUUGGCUAUCCUGUAGCCUCUUUCUUCCUCCCCAAAGAAAUUCUGUUUGCCUAACUCUCACACUGUUGAGGUGAUACAUUCCUUCGGGACCAAUUAAAAUACAGCUUUAGGUCAGUGAUAUAUGUGGCUGGCUCUGGUUCAGUAUUCUCUUAGGUCAUUGUAUUCUCUUGUUAUCCAAAAUUAUAAUGUUCAAAUAAUCUCAGAUGAGUUCAGAUGAAUAAAAUCAAGGGAAAGAGAAGAUGAAUUUCAUAACUUGUAUAAGUUGCUUGCUAUUAAAAGGUUGGGAGACCAGGUUGCCCCAGACUGCGCACUGUUGUGACACUUUCCCCAAGCAGAAAGCAUGUGCAGAGGGCAGGGUGGAGGCGGGACUGGAGGAGGCUGGCAAGGAUAGUGUUCGUGUCUCUGCUCUCUGCCUUAUGCCUCCGUCUGUCUGUUUUAAAGACUUCUGUACUGGUGAAUGGCACCACACAAGGGGCAGUGUCAUACCAGCUUGAUUUAUUAAUCACAAAAUAACAAUAAAUUUCCAGCUUUUA